AUGGGCAUUAGCAAUCAAGCAAACAAGCAAAGAGCAAGCAUCGCAGUGCGUAUUUUAGAUCAGCGUAUGAAGAUGGGUGAAUACAAAACAAGCGUAGCAGCUUUGGUGAUGUUGGUCUGUUUGGGAAGCAAUGUGGGCUUUGGAAUGGUGAUGGUGAAGGCGAAUCCAACAUCAUGCUGCAGCUAUUGCGGCGCGGUGCAUAAUACUGCAAUUAUGGGUGCUGGUCUAGUGUCACACCACUUACCACCUUUCUCACUGCACACCACCUCACUUCCACUCACCACAAUCCAUCACCCCUCACCCACCACCACCACCACCACCACAACUACCAUUCCUGCUGUUUACCCUCAACUCCAUACAUUUCCAUACGCUUAUUCAUCCAUCCCUGCCACCACCAUUCCCACGCUCCAUCCUCAAUUCUAUCCAUACGCUUAUUCAUCCAUCCCUGCCUCUGCCAUUCCCACGCUCCAUCCUCAACUCUAUCCAUACACUUAUGUAACAAGUAACUAGGUUUUCACAACCUUACAUCAUUCUAAAUAAGUGAGACAAUCACUCUCUCCACCUUUUCUACUUCGUCUUGGCUUUUAUCUCUUAUACCUGAGGGAAGGGACUCCUCUCAGGUAUAAUAGAACUUCUUGCUGGGCUCACUAUCUUAUGUGUUAAAGACUCUUAAAUGCCAAUGCUAACUAUAUCUGUGCCUAUUUCAUAUCUAUUCACA